AUCUGUAUAAUCUCACUAAGACUCACUUCUGAGCACGUUACAAAUACCAGCAAUCCGAACUUCAUUCCCCACCAUGCAAGCUAUUAGGGUCCAUCCAGCUCCUCCAGCAUCUACCCCUUACUCACCCUCAAAUCCAGCUCCAUCAUCAGCUUUGCACCUCGAUCACAAUGUCCCCAUACCCAAGCUAUCAAAACCCGGAGAGAUCCUAGUUCGCGUCAAAGCCACAACAGCAAUUCGCGAUAUGCUGACGUGGCCUGAAACCUACUCUCAUGAAUAUGCAAUAAUCGGAAACGAUAUCUCAGGUAUCGUUACGGAAGUCUUCUCAAAGGACUGCAAAUUCCAGCCGGGGGACGAGGUUUUCGGUAUGGCGGCUGCAGACCGCGCAGGCGUAUGGGCAGAAUACGCCCUUCUCAACGAGGAUGAACUUGCGCUAAAACCGAAAUCAUUGACCUUCGACCAGGCCGCGGCGUUGCCUCUUAGCGCACAGACGGCGUAUGAGGCUUUGUUUGACCAUGGCGGCAUUCCUGUCCCUUCUGUAGAGGAGGCUAUCAAGAACAUGGCCGGGUCAUCCAGUCAGAAAGACCAUCGGGUACUAAUUACCGGUGCCGCUGGAGCAGUGGGUAUCUAUCUUGUUCAGCUAGCGUCCGCUGCGGGAGUACAUAUCGUGGCCGCCACGAGUUCAAAUGCUCGUAAUGAAGAGUUCCUUCGAGGCCUUGGCGCUCAUGAAACGAUUGAGUAUAGUAGGCUGGAAAACUACCGAGGGGCAUUCGAUGUUAUUAUCGAUGUGGUUGGGGGAGAGGUAUUGGCCAAAUGUUGGGAUUAUGUGAAAGGUACAGGGGUACUGGUGUCUGUGGAUUCCGCGAGUUUUAACUUUGUCGAAGAGCAUGAGAAACGUGGUAUCCGGAAGGACAGUGUUCGGGCUUUGUUCUUCAUUGUCAAAGGUAGUAGCCAGGCCUUGCAUUAUCUCGCUAAACUUGUGGACAUGGGUGCGGUGCAGUCUUUCGUUGUGAGGACUUAUCCCGUAUCAAAAGCACGAGAGGCGUACGAUCAUGCUAAUGGGCGGUAUUCUGGCCGUGGAAAGUUGGUUCUCACGGUUUGA